AUGGCUACGCGGGUGCUGACCAUGAGCGCCCGCCUGGGACCCGUGCCCCAGCCGCCGGCCCCGCAGGAGCAGCCCGUGUUCGCGCAGCUCAAACCCGUGCUGGACGCCGCGAACCCGGCCCGCGACGCGGCGCUCUUCCCCGGCGAGGAGCUGAAGCACGCGCACCACCACCCGCAGGCGCCGCCGCCCGCGCCCCCGCAGCCCGCGCCCGGCCCGCGGCUGCCCCCGGAGGAGCUGGUCCAGACAAGAUGUGAGAUGGAGAAGUAUCUGACACCUCAGCUUCCUCCCGUUCCUUUAAUUCCAGAGCAUAAAAAAUAUAGACGAGACAGUGCCUCGGUUGUAGACCAGUUCUUCACUGACAGUGAAGGGCUACCUUACAGUAUCAACAUGAACGUGUUUCUCCCUGACAUCACUCACCUGAGAACUGGCCUCUACAAAUCCCAGAGACCGUGCGUAACACACAUCAAGACCGAACCUGUUACCAUUUUCAGCCACCAGAGUGAAACGACUGCCCCUCCUCCGGCCCAGACCCAGGCCCUCCCCGAGUUCACCAGUAUAUUCAGCUCCCACCAGACCGCAGCUCCAGAGGUGAACAAUAUUUUCAUCAAGCAAGAACUUCCUACACCAGAUCUUCAUCUCUCUGUCCCUCCCCAGCAGGGCCACUUGUACCAGCUCCUGAACACACCGGAUCUAGAUAUGCCCAGUUCUACAAACCAGACAGCAGUAAUGGACUCGCUUAAUGUUUCCGUGUCCGCCGCCAUGGCCGGCCUUAACACACUUACCUCUGCUGUCCCACAGACUGCAAUGAAACCGUUUCAGGGCAUGCCCCCUUGCACAUACGCAAUGCCAAGUCAGUUUCUGCCACAGCAGCAGGCCACUUACUUUCCCCCAUCACCACCAAGCUCCGAGCCUGGGAGCCCAGAUAGGCAAGCAGAAAUGCUCCAGAAUUUAACCCCACCGCCGUCCUAUGCGGCCACCAUUGCUUCUAAACUGGCAAUCCACAAUCCAAACUUACCUGUCAGCCUGCCCGUGAAUUCACAAAGCAUCCAGCCCGUCAGAUACAAUAGAAGGAGUAAUCCCGAUUUGGAGAAAAGGCGCAUCCACUACUGUGAUUACCCUGGCUGCACAAAAGUUUAUACAAAGUCUUCUCAUUUAAAAGCUCACCUGAGGACUCACACUGGUGAAAAGCCAUACAAGUGCACCUGGGAUGGCUGUGACUGGAGGUUCGCCCGGUCAGACGAGCUGACCCGCCACUACCGGAAGCACACGGGGGCGAAGCCCUUCCAGUGCGCUGUGUGCAACCGCAGCUUCUCCCGCUCCGACCACCUGGCCCUGCACAUGAAGAGGCACCAGAAUUGAGACCUCCUGCCUGAGGGGGUGCCCCAUGCCUAUGCAAUCUAUACUGACGUUAUGCAGUUAAUCUGGCAAAAUUUAAACUACAAACUAUAUAUAUAAAGAAAAAAAAACUGGAAAUGUAUAUUUUGUAUAUUUGAGAAAACAGGGAGAAUACAUUGUAUUAAUACCAAAGUGUUUGGUCCUUCUAAGAAUCUGGAAUGCUUGCUGUAAUGUGUCUGGCUUUCCUCGAGCAGAUUUCAUCUCAUGACAGGCAGCCCCAUCUCACCGUGCAGCAGAGGGAGGAGGGGGGGAGAAAGGCAGGGGGCCGUGUGCAGUGUUUUACCUAAGCACCAUCAUUUAAUAUGGCGGUGUCUUAGUAAGCCAAUCAGUUGGCAGGUAUAGGAAGAGGGAGGAGGGAAGUCUGUAUGUCAAGAUUUUACUUGGCAGGGGGUACUCUUUUCAAUAUUAAGAAUAAUUCCUUUGAGGUGCCGAGUGUAUGUGGCAAUUCACAAAUAGCCAUUGAACAAAUGUUUGUUUGUUUUUAAUAUGAGUUGCAUAUUUUGCUAUUUGAAAUUUUGUAAAUAUGCAAAUCAGCUUUAUAGGUUUAUUACAAGUUUUCUAGGAUUAUUUUGGGGGAAAUCAUAAUAGUAAUUCAUUUGAAAAUGAGCAUGAGUAUAUUUACGCUUAGAAUUUGUGGUAAGAUGCCACUCAGAAUGUUAACCAAAUUCAUCUCUUUAGGGUGGGGGACAGAAUCAUUCAAAAUGAACGUAAGACAAUUUCAUGCACUGAUCAAAAGAAGAUUGUUUUUAUUUAAGUAAAGACAUUUUGUGAAUUGUGAACUCGAGCUUAAGGUUACAAUACAAAAAAAGUUUAAACCUCUUACAAUAAGCUACACAGUAUCAUUUUUUGAAAAAAAAAAAAAAGGAUUUACGACUUAGUUUUCACAUGGUAUUGUUGGACUCACGAUGCUGUUUUCAUGUACCGAAACAUGUGCUCGUGUGAUACUGUUGGUGCAAGGCCAGUUUAUAUGGAUUUUGCAUGUGAUAUACAGUGAGACACAGUAAUUUUACCUAAAUUACAGUGCUAAUCUAUUGUUAAUACUGACUCAGUGUCUGCCUUUAAAUAUGAAUGACAUGUUGAAAACUCUUAAGGAAGCAAGUGUAACAUAUAUGCAAUAUAAACUAGUAAUGUGAUGCUGAUGCUGUUAACCAAAGGGCAGGAUUCAGAAGCAAAAUGCCAAAAGGGGUCUUAAUUGAAAAUUAAAUUUUAAUUUUGUCUUUAAAAUAUUGUUUAUCUUUAUUUAUUUUGUGGUAAUAUAGUAAGUUUUUUUAGAAAACAAUUUUCAUAACUUGAUAAAUUAUAGUUUUGUUUGUUAGAGAGUUGCUCUUAAAACCUGUGUAAAUAGUUGAAAAAUGGUGUAAAUAAUUUUGUAAGGCUUCAGAUGUUUAUACAUGGAAACAUACAUACAUAAAAAGCAUAAAUCAGUUGCUGUUUUGCUUCUUUUCCCUCUUAUUUUUGUAUUGUGGUUAUUUCCUAUGCAAAUAAUGGGGCAAACAGCUGUAUAGUUGUAGAAUUUUUUGAAAGAAUGAGAUGUUUAUAUAUUAACGACAAUUUUUUUUGGAAAAUAAAAAGUGCCUAAAAGAA